ACCAUGACAUCAGAACUAGUGAAGGUAGUUCAGCUGCAGUUGACCUGGUGAAGGGAACCUUGGUGAAGGCAGGAAAUGGGAGGUCCACGCUGUCAACAAAUGACUUCGACUUAUGACCUAUUUUUGUGUUAUUUAGGCUUUAACCAAGUCAGGCUUUAAGUACUGACUUUGGUAAUAGCCUAUGGGCUAAUGGACUGCACUAAAAAGCCACUGGAGAAUUCUUAUUUAAAAUCAUAGAUAAACAACAAUGAACACUGUUGAACAAAGGCCUAACCUGAUCAACGGUGGUUGUACAUGAUGAUUAUCUGUCUGGAACGCCACCAACCACCAAUGGAAUCACACUCCAAAACUCCAUGUCUUAUGCAAAAUACAUUUCAUAUAACAUUUGAGUUAGAGCUGUAGUGUAAACGAGAACAUAUUAAUAUAAACAGACUUAAGGGGCGGGGGGCACAACAUGAACGCACUAUUUGUUGCAGCACAAAAACAUGUCACAAACAGAAUAUUGCUUCUCUGUUUUUCUGGUGAUGGUUGUGCGGACAUGCUUUGGGAAAGAAACAGGUUCUGUGGCCGGGUGAGGUUACAUUUUAUUAUCUGAAAUCUUAAAUAGAUUGAGUAAAAACUGGGGUUCUGCAGCAUGUGGCUACAUGUAAUUAGCUCUCUGACAUGACACUGCUCCUAGACUGACACUCUCAGAUCCAUGCUCCCUAGUUUGCAGCUUGUGUUUAAGAAAUUGAGCAGUAAAUGUCCUUUUUAAAGUCAAAUGCACCAAACACAGGAGCAACAGGGGAGAGACUGAGGUGUGUUCCUGUAUAGAAGUAGUUUGUUUUAUUUUCUGGUUUUAUACGAUCAAAAUGGUCAGUUUGUAACAUGGAAGAACUUGUCUGUCUUUCUGCCUCAUAAGGAACACGUCAGUUACUUUUUUGGACAUAAAUGUAAAAAUAGAAAGUCUGAAAUAAUGAUGAUGAUAAUGAUGAUGAUGGUGAUGAUGAUGGUGAUGAUGAUGGUGAUGGUGAUGGUGAUGAUGUUAGAUAUUGCAUCAGACAGGAGGUGUUUUGUUUUUGUUUGACGAGCAGGAUAAGUAACUGGUGACACUUAGAAGGAGUCUUGUGUCCUCCUUAUCUCCUCCUCCUCCUCUUAAAUGGAGGACACUCAGGGCACUCCUCUCUGCUUCCCUAACCUCAACUCCUCCUGCAGGAGGCUGGUGCUGCGGCCAUACUCUGAGACCGUCCUCCUGUACAUGCUGCUGGCCUGCAUCUCCCUGCUCACCAUGACCCUCAAUCUGUUUGUCAUCAUCUCCAUUGGCCACUUCAGGCAGCUGCAAACGCCCACCAACAUCCUGCUCCUCUCCCUGGCUGUCUCUGACCUCCUGGUGGGGCUGCUGGUGAUGCCCAUCGAGAGCCUGCGUUACAUGGAGACGUGCUGGCUGCUGGGGAAGCUGAUGUGUGCUCUGACUCCGUUGCUCUCCUACUGCCUGGUCUCUGUGUCUCUGGGCAACAUGGUGCUCAUCUCCAUCGACCGUUAUGUGGCCAUCUGUGAACCCCUCCUCUACUCCUCUAAGGUCACACUCACUAAGGUGAAGAUCUCUGUUGGCUCCUGCUGGGUCUGCUCACUCCUCUACAAUGGCCUGAUCCUCAUGGACCACCUGACGUGGCCCGACCGAUUCAACUCCUGCCAGGGAGAGUGCGUGGUGGUCCUUAGCCACAUCUUGGGCACCGUUGACCUCUUUGUCACGUUCAUCGGCCCCUGUACCAUCAUGGUGGUUCUGUACAUGAGAGUCUUCUUGGCUGCUCUGUCUCAGAUGCGCCUGAUUCACACACGGAGAUCUGCUGCUGUUGGCACCACCAACAACAACACUGUGUUGGUCAAAGUGUCAGAGAUGAAGGCGGCCAGAACUCUGGGGAUCCUAAUCACCGUCUUUCUCAUCUGUGUCUGUCCCUACUUCUACCCUUCCCUGGUAGGCAGUAACACCUCCAACAGUUUGUCCUACUUCGCAGCUCUGUCCUGGCUCCUCUUAAUCAACUCCUGCAUAAACCCUCUCAUCUACGUCUCCUUCUACCCCUGGUUCAGAAAAUCUGUCAGGCUCAUCCUGACGCUGGAGGUUCUGAAGCCUCAUUGUCGAGAGCCUAGGAUUUUGUGAUUUAAAUCUAAAGAUAUUGUCUUUGCCUCAUUCAGAAGCCAACCCCACUUUAUGUUGAAUAUUUGAACCUACUGACGUCUGACAGUUACAUGUGAUGCACUCAUCAUCAUUACUAACAACAAAAAUACAUUUUUCAC